AUGAACGAUUUACCACAAAUGCCGACCCCGCAACAGGCAUCGUAUCAACAACAUCAACAACAGUACAAUAAUAAAAAGCACGCACAACAAGGCAUACACUCAAAUUCAAGCAGCUCCAAAGUCAAUUACAAGCCACCUCAUCAAUCGAGAAAUACAAGCUCGCAUUCAAAUGCCUCCUAUCAACCACAACAAUACUAUCAACAGCCCCCUCCAAAUGACUAUUAUCGUCAACAACAGCCCCCACAAAAUACAGGUUUCCCACCACAAGCGGUGUACCAGCAACCACCGGUUUACCAAAUGCCCCCACCACAACAACAGCCACAGCAAGUUUCACAACAAUAUAGUCUGCCUCAGCCUGUCUAUCAAAGUCACGCACAACCAGUGCACCCUCAACAAUACCAAAAUGUACCACCACCACAACAACCACAACAGCUGCUGCCUCCACACGUUUACCACUCACAACCAACGGGAAUUCCCACUUCUCAACAAUUGUACCAGCAGCCACCAAACCAGUACGAGUCUUAUCAAAAAAAAAAUAGUAAUAGUGGAUCAGUUGGGAAGAAACCACCACCUGUGACGUCGCUGCCUCCACGUCAGCAAAGACCAGUAAACAAGUCAAAGGAAUCCUUACACGAGAAACCUUUAUCCUCAAAGCAGAAAUUGGAGCUAGAAUUGAGGAGUGUUUUUGAAAAAGUGGAUGUUAACAAAUCAGGUAGAAUAUCGGCUAAAGAAUUGUCAUAUGCGUUAUUAAAUUUCGAUCACACUAGAUUCCAAGAUUCGACCAUCAAGCUAAUGAUGAGUUUGUUUACUAAUAAAGGCGAUGCAUCAUCAUCGUCAUCAUCAUACAGUUCCAACAAAUCACUAAAUUUCGACCAAUUCGUAUCAUUAUGGAAGUAUUUGUCAGCUUAUAAAAAGUUGUUUAUACAAGCAGAUACAGAUAAAUCGGGUGAUGUAUCAUUUGGGGAAUUUCAAAAAAUCCUCGAACAAAUUGGAUAUAAGUUAGAUAUCGACUUGGUACUACAUUUAUUUUCUAAAUAUAGUUUGAAAGAUAGUGGAGAAAUCGGCCGAUUGAAAUUUGAUUCUUUUAUAGAAUUGUUGGUUUAUUUGAGAAAAUUGACAGAUAUAUUCAAAAAGUAUGAUAAGGACUUAUCUGGAACGGCCACGAUUGGGUUUUCUGAUUUUUUGUUUGAAGUGAGUAACAUGUCAUAG